AUGACUUCUUUAUUGCAACAUAAGGAUUCUGAAGUAUUUUCUAUUGCUGGUCAAGGAUUGAAGUUGACGUCAAAGGAGGAGAUUCAAUCUCAUUUGGAUAAUUUGGCUAAAUAUGGAUCGGUAACUAAGAUAGAUCUAUCUGGUAAUACGAUUGGUAUUGAUGCUUCGGCUGCGUUAGCUACUCAUCUUGAGUCUAGUGAUGUUCUCAGAGAUAGUGUUACUGAGGUCAACUUUGCGGAUUUGUAUACUUCGCGGUUAGUGGAUGAAGUUGUUGAAUCAUUGAACCUCUUACUACCAGUUCUGUUGAAAUAUCCUAAAUUGGAAGCAAUCAAUUUAUCUGAUAAUGCAUUUGGGUUGCGUACUAUCGAUAUUUUGGAGAAGUACAUUUCUAACGCUGUGAACUUGAGACAUUUGAUUUUGGCUAACAAUGGUAUGGGGCCGUUUGCUGGUGAAAGGAUUGGGAAAGCGCUGUACGCUCUUGCUAAGCGGAAAGAAGAGGCCAAUAAGCCUAUGUUGGAGACUUUCGUCUGUGGAAGAAACCGGUUGGAAAAUGGCUCGACGAAAUGGUUGGCGGUUGGGUUGAAACAACACGGUGACGGGUUGAAGACUGUUAGAUUGUACCAGAAUGGAAUUAGGCCAAGCGGUAUUGCAACUUUGUUGAUGCAUGGGUUGCAACAUAACAAGAAGCUUGAGGUCUUAGAUCUUCAAGAUAACACCUUUACGACCGGUGGUUCCAAUGUUCUUGCAGCGGUGUUGCCCCAAUGGAAAGAUACGUUGAAGGAGCUAAAUGUCAACGACUGUUUGCUAAAGGCUGAUGGCUCUGACGCUGUUGUAAAGGCAAUGUUAGAUAAUAAAUUUGGAUUGCUAGAAGUCUUGAAGUUGCAGUACAACGAGAUGGUCCAAAAGACCUUGGAGUGCGCGUUAAUUCCUUCUCUAGAGAAGGGCAAUUUGGCUGCUUUGAAGACUCUUGAACUAAAUGGUAAUCGUUUGGAGGAAGACUCUGAAGCAUUAGAUACUUUGCAAGCUAUUUUUAAAGGAGAGCUAGACGAAUUGGAUGACCUGGAAGAAGUAGAUUCCGAAGAAGAGGAAGAAGCUGAUUCAAAUGAAGAGGAAGAACUAGAGGAGUUUGAUGUCAACGCUUUGGAGAAGGAACUGGACGAAUUACACAUCAGUAGUCUAGCCGAUAAAUUAUCUAACACAAAUAUUUGA